AUGGCGAGAAGCAUCAUCCUGCUAACUACACAUCACACCGAUGGCUGGUACGAAGCUGUCGGUUCAUCAUACAACUUGUCCUUCUUUGCCCUCCUCGCCAUGGCCAAGCUGUAUGCUAUCCAGACGUCGCCUGGCAAAGGCAGAGGCGUCUUCGCGACGAAAGCCAUUUCCGUCGGGACCGCCAUCAUGAAAGACCGCAUAGCCAUGAAGAUCCAGAAAGAAGGCCCAGCUAUUCAGGAGGCAGAGGUGUUGCAACUCUUCAACAAGCUCACCAAAGCGGACCAAGCACGCUUUCUAGACCUCCAUGAUGGUAAACGCCAGUACAACAAGAUCUUUCGGAUUUGGAAGGGAAACGUCUUUGGAGGCCAUGGAUAUACCGCGUUGUAUUUCGAAGUCUCCUUGAUCAAUCAUGCCUGUGUGCCGAACGCAGCAUUCGGAUCGGAAUCUGAUCCCGCGACUGUCGUUGCGCUGAAGCCUAUUGCCAGUGGAGAGGAGAUCUUCAUCACGUACAACUCCAUGUUUGACCGUCUGAGCAAGCGUCAUCGGGCGAAUAUCCUCCGCCUAUACUACGGCUUCGAAUGUUCCUGCUCUGCGUGCUCGUUGCCCAAGUACCAGCAGGCACUAAGCGACUAUAGGAGACAGCUCCUCAACGUGAUGAAGGGUGCUCUCAAUGGCUUUGAACCAAUCAUGACGACGUUCUUCGAUCUUUACGGCAAAAUGGAUGGCAGGCAGGCGGAGGAUCCAAGGGUAUUGCGUGGUAUGCCUCAACGACCUCUUGCGAAGCCGCUUUCGGCGGACCAGACGAAUGCAUAUCCUCUCCUGGUGGCCGGCUUACUCGUCGCUGAAGGUCAUUCGGAAUUGGUCCUGGCAGAUGCAUAUGCUGGCGCAGCCGAGACACUACUUCAACGCAUGGAGGUUCUGGACGACGUCAUCUCACUGCAAGCCGUGAAGGCGGUGGAAACGUGGAUGCAGCUUGCUCUCAGCUUGAUCGGUAAGCUGUGUGGUGCCAAGUCGCAGAGAAUGCAAAACAUCCAGCAAACCUGGAAGUACAUGCUUGACACCGACCAGAUGAGUGCAGCUCUCCUCUUUCUUCGCAACGUUCCCGCGACCAAGAGAAAGGGCAUCUUUGGGGCGCGGCUUGGGGAUGUUGUGAACGGCGGCUUGCAUAUGUCCGUCCUGAGCGAGCCAGAGUAUCGGGCAGCAGUCCGGCAGAAGCGCAGUCAGAGCCUUCUUGACUGA